AGGGAUGAAUGUGUAUGUUUUUAUACAUAUGUCAAAAAUGACACUUGUGCAAAGUUCAUCACAGUCUAAAACGUCAUCUGGACAAACAGGAAGUCCUCUCUAAAGGUCGGGUCGCUCCUCCACCUUGCUGCUGGCUGACUGUUGCUGGACGUUUGGCCAGCUAAUCGCUGCUUUAAGCCGCUCUGCAGAGGUCAGAAGGUGGAGGCAGAGCGGUGGGGACAGGAAGCUUCUCCCAGCAGAAGCAGCAGAGCGCCGACAAAUUUGAUCAAGAAUGUCCAAAGCCGCGGCGAGAACUUCAUCCACAGCCUCUGUGGAGUCAACAAACAGCAAUGCCACAGACUCCCCGUCUGGUUCGGUGUCUGAGAGUCCAAAAAAAUCCUCCAAGAAGAUCAAGAAAAGCGCCGACAGCAUGAACAAAGUCUACAACUCCGUGCUCAAAAGUUUGUUUGGGGCGGAGCGAGAACUGGCCCAGGCUGAAAUCGAUGAACUUCAGGAGGCCUUCAAGGAGUUUGACUACGACCAGGACGGAUACCUGAACUACAAGGAUGUGGCUGAAUGCAUGAGGACUAUGGGAUACAUGCCCACUGAAAUGGAGCUGCUGGAAAUUGUUCAACAGAUCAAGAUGAGAAUGGGAGGAUUAAUGGACUUUGAUGAUUUUAUUGAACUGAUGGCUCCCAGGAUGAUGGGAGAGACCACAGACAUGCUGGGACUAAAGGAGGUCCAGUCGGCCUUCUCACAGUUCGACCAGGACGGGGACGGAAAGAUCAACCAAGACGAAAUGAAGGAAGCUCUGAAGACUCUGCUGGGGGAGAAGCUGAAGAAGGGAGAACAGGAGGAGAUCCUGAAGGAGCUGGACGUCAACGCCGACGGAAACAUCGACUUUGAAGAGUUUGUAAUGAUGCUGUCGAUUCAGUGAUCGCUGCAAACCACUAGAACACGGAUGGAUGACUACAGACUGGACACAGGAUGAAACCUGACUAUGUUUCUUACUGUCCAAAAAUGUGUAAAAACACAACAGCUGUUUUUAAAAAGUCUACAACUCUUGGUCAGGCUGCAGCAGUGAGGAGCUUUUAAAAUGUUUUUUCUUUUUAUCUCAAAGCAGAUUGGUGUGACAUAUGCAAAGAAAUGAGUGUCUUAUCUUUAGAAGUCUAAAAGAUCAGAGUUUGGAGAGUUGACGGAAACCUACGGUGGCCCUGAAGUGCAAAUCACAAUAACAAAUCACUUAAACUCUUGAGACUCACUGUAGUUCAUUCUGAUGACCUGUGACGAAGAAAAAAAAAGCAUAUCAAACUAUAGCUCGGGUCUCAAUAGGUUAAGCAAAAGUAAAAAAAAAAAGAUCACAACAAUUUAAAAAGGCAAAACAAGUAAUAUGAAAGAAAUAAAAUCAUUUUAGAGAUAAAAAAGAUUCCACAAACCGAAACAUUAAAAGAAUAUAUCAAUUAAAACUAAUUUGGAUUGAAUUUCCCAAAUUCAAAAUGAAAUUUAAAAAAAAAAAAAAAAAAAAGCUAAACAGAGUUU